GGCCCGCCGCGCGGGGGCGGGUCCAAGUGCCGGGCACCAGGAGCCCAGGGCGCCGGCGCAGUAGCAGUAGCGUGAGCCGGCUCCCUGUACCCGGCCGCCGCCGCUGGGGGGAGGCCUAGCUCGCCCCACGUGUGCGCAGCCGGCCGGGGACGGAUGACCAUGUGUUUUCGCCGGUGUGGCAGCGGGAGCCCCCCGGAGCAGCCCGCGCGCCGCGGCGGCGUGUGAGCCCCGGAUCCUGCCGCGCCGCGGAGAGACCAGCCUCCCCCCUUCCCGGCUGCUAUGCUGUGGGAUAACGCGGACGCCCCGGGAAACUCCAACCCUCCCCGCCUUGGUCCCGCUCUCCUCCUCCUCCUCCAUGAGCACCUCUGCGGCAGCCCCGGUGCGGGUGAUGCCCGCCGGGCACCCUGAGCAGGCAGUGGCGGCUCCUGCAGCGAGCGGGGCCGGUGGGGCUCAGCCGGCACCUGCCCUGCUCUGCUCUCAGAGCACGGUGCCCCCUGCCUCUGUCUCCGCGGCUGGCGCUCCCGCGGGGGCCCAAGCAGUUGCCUUGAGCCACGCAGUGACUAAGGUUCCCAUCAGCCUGGUGCCUGCCGUUUCCCAGCAGUCACGGGUGGUGGCUGCCCCCGUGGGGACGCUGGUGGCUAAAGUGGCCACUGUCACCGCUGCCCAGCAGCCACCCAAGAACUCUGGUGGGCCUAGGCUGGCUGCUCCGCAGACCGUGGCUCCCAAAGCCCCCCAGACCACUACAAUACAACUGCCUGCAAACUUCCAGAUCCCACCAGGUACAGUUCUUAUCAGAAGUAACAGUGGUCAAUUAAUGUUAGUAUCUCAACAAGCAAUAGCUCGAGCACAGAGCCAGUCACAAAAUAACACAGGUGCAAGACCAUCAAUACCUACCAGCACACCCUCAGUCAGAAUAUGUACUGUACAGAACACUGGCACCCAUUUAGUAAAAAAAGUAGUAACUCCUCCUCUGAAAACAGUAUCUCAAGCAACAAAUUCAGUUGCAUCUACUGAUCAAAGACCUGCUAUAGUACAGCCAGCAGCUGCAACUAACAGUGUUACGACAGUUACUGCUGUUAAACCUCCAGGUACUGGAACACCUGUAAAGCUUCCAGUCACAGGACCUCCUGCACCAUCUGUCUCCCAAAAGCCAAUCUCUGUCAAAGAAGAGGGCACAACAGUAGCACAGCCCAACACUUCCACAGAAAUGCUAGAGAAUGUGAAGAAAUGCAAGAAUUUUCUUGCAACGUUAAUAAAGCUGGCAUCUAGUGGACCUCAAGCCCCAGAAAUGGGACAGAAUGUGAAGAAUCUGGUACAACAUUUAUUGGAAGCAAAAAUUGAACCAGAAGAAUUUACAAAAAAGCUGUAUGUUGAACUCAAGUCUUCUCCGCAACCAUAUCUAGUUCCUUUCCUCAAGAAAAGUAUGCUUGCCUUACGGCAGCUAAUGCCCAAUGCCCAGAGUUUUAUCCAGCAGUGUAUUCAGCAGCAGGCUACAACACAAGCAGCUGUUUCUACCUGUGUCUCUGCAGCACCAACUUCCUCCACAGUAGUGACCACCUCAGCUCUGGCAAAAACUUCUGUUCAGCCCAUAAAACCAGUCCCUGCUUCUGCCGUGGUCACAGGCUCUCAGACUGUAAAACCUGUCCCCUCCACAUUGGUGACAGCAGCAGCAGCUUCCCUCCAGACUGUGAAACCAGUGACAGCCCCUCUUCAUCCUGCAAAUCCAGUCCCCACGUCUGCAGUGGCAACAACCUCUCUCCAGGCUGUGAAACCUGUCUUUGCAUCUGCAGUGGCGACCACAACGACAACCCCUCUUCAGCCUGUGAAAUCAGUCAUUGGGACACCUAUCAGUAUUAAAAUUACCCAGCCGAACUCUAUUGUGGCACAGUCAGUUCAUGCUCAACAGACAGUUAGAGUGAAACAGCUGGUAGUCCAGCAGCCAUCAGGAGGCAUUGUUAAACAAGUGGCCACGCUUCCACAAACAGCAACACUGACUCUCCAGAAACCUGGCGAAAAAAGGAUGCCAUUAAACGCACUAAUUCAGACUAAUCAGUUUCCUGCAGGUUCCUUUCUGAAACAAAUUACACUGCCAGGAAACAAAAUUCUGUCGCUUCAAGCAUCUCCUGUUCAGAAAAAUAAAAUAAAAGAGAAUGGAACAACAUCCUUCAGAGACGAAGAUGACAUCAAUGAUGUGACUUCUAUGGCUGGGGUCAACCUGAGUGAAGAGAAUGCAUGCAUAUUGGCAACAAAUUCUGAAGUGGUCGGUACACUGAUCCGAUCUUGUGCAGAUGAACCAUUUCUCUCCUCAGAGGCUUUGCAAAAGAAGAUCUUAGACAUAGGUAAAAGGCAUGACAUUAUGGAACCUAACUCUGAUGUUGUGAACUUGAUCUCCCAUGCUACACAGGAGAGAUUACGAGGGCUCCUAGAAAAACUGACUGUAAUUGCUCAGCAUCGAAUGACAACCUAUAAGGAGAGUAAUAAGUAUAUCAUAUCUAGUGACACCAGAGCACAACUUAGAUUUCUUGAGAAACUGGAUCACAUGGAAAAACAGAGAAAGGAUGAAGAGGAACGAGAAAUGCUUUUACGAGCAGCCAAGAGUCGUUCCAAUAAAGAAGAUCCAGAACAGCUGCGAUUAAAGCAGAAAGCAAAAGAGAUGCAACAGUUGGAGCUGGCACAGAUGCAACAAAGAGAAGCCAAUCUCACAGCUUUGGCAGCGAUUGGGCCAAGGAAAAAAAGACCACUGGAUUCACCAAAUCUUGGAUCUGGGCUUGAGAUAAACCUGCUGAUUGGGAGAUGGAUAGACUGCAUAUUCAAGGAAUGUCUUCCCAGCAUUUAGAUACUCUGGCUGUGUGGUUUUUUGUGCCUUGAAUAAUAGGAUCUCCUGGAUUAUUUUUAAACACUUUUAGACAAAUAACUGUACAUGAAUGGUUAUACUGUUCCAGUUCCUCUUUGCCGUGUUUACCAUGUGUUAAUACUUGAGUCCAUUCUCAGACACUGCUGUCUUUGUGAGAAGACCAAAUCUGAAGCAGAAGAGUGGUUGUGGGUGGGAAUGAGGGCUUCACUGUGUCUUUACCCAAAAUAGUGUAUUCCUAUGGUAUUCUGUGCCAUACAUACCCAUUCUUUUGUGUACAGCAGCUUGGAAAUUUUCUGACAAAACGGAAAAUGUUGGUUCAGUGAACCCAAAAUGUUUUGCAAACAUGGUUCAGGUUGUGGAAUUUUGUUGAAUC